AUGAUUUCUCGUCGGGAGCUGAAGCCUUUUGUGGCCGAGUUCCUUGGAACCGCCCUGCUGAUUGUCAUCGGAGAUGGUGUCGUCGCCCAGUGUCUGCUGUCCGACUACCACUACGGCACUUGGCUGUCCAUUAACUUCGCCUGGGCUUCUGCCGUAUGCCUCGCUGGCUAUUUGGCCGACCCCAGCCCGACUAUCAACCCGGCCGUGACGAUUUGCCUUGCCCUUGUGCGACCAUCUGCAGGACAGUGGAAACAAAUGCCCGGCAAGCUGGCUGCGCAGUUCCUGGGUGGCUUUGUUGGUGCGGCUAUCGUCUAUAUAAACUACCGCUCGGCUAUCAAAGAUUGGGAUCCCGAAUACACGAUCCCUGGUGGGUCGAUUUUGAGUCCCACGGGUCACCACUCUGCGGGUAUCUUCUCCACAUACCCGGCUGCCUUCUUCCAGUCCAACUGGGAAGGUGUAUUCUCGGAGGGCUUAGGCUCAGCAGUGCUCAUGUUUGGCUCGCUCAGCAUUUCUGAUCCGAGAAAUGCUCAUCGUUUCCCUGCCCCCCAGCUCGCCGUCUUCCUGCUGUUGCUCAUGAUUGGUGCGGCGUUGGGCUGGCAGACUGGCUAUGCUAUCAACCCUGCUCGUGACUUCGGUCCCAGACUGUUCUCUGCUAUCCUCUACGGUCGCGAGGUAUUUACAGCGGCUAACUACUACUUCGUCGUUCCCCUGUUUGCCCCUGUCAUCGGUUGCAUUGUAGGAGCUGCGACCUACGACAGCUUGCUUUUCGAGGGAGAGGGCUCUCGGGUCACAGAUGCCCUAGACAAAGCGGAGGGCCACGGUUCUCUUCGACUGGAGUGA